CCGGAGCGGCGAGAAGGGGGGUCGCUGCGGUGGUGCUCUGGCUGUCGCGCUCUCCUUGCCUGGCUGCCGGCUCGGUGGGCUCCUCCCGGCGUUUCCCUCGCCUCUGGGGCCCCGCUCCCCGCCCUCCGCGGUAUGUCUUGAUCCCGAGCAGCGGGUUUCAUGGGGCUCCUCAGGAUUAUGAUGCCGCCCAAGUUGCAGCUGCUGGCGGUGGUGGCCUUCGCGGUGGCGAUGCUCUUCUUGGAGAACCAGAUCCAGAAGCUGGAGGAGUCCCUGUCGAAGCUAGAAAGGGCGAUUGCAAGACAUGAGGUCCGAGAAAUUGAGCAGCGACAUACGAUGGAUGGCCCUCGGCAAGAUGCAGCCUUAGAGGAGGAAGAGGACAUGGUGAUCAUUUAUAACAGAGUUCCCAAAACUGCCAGCACCUCAUUUACCAAUAUCGCCUAUGACCUGUGUGCCAAGAAUAGAUACCACGUCCUUCACAUCAACACUACCAAAAACAAUCCAGUGAUGUCACUGCAAGAUCAGGUGCGCUUUGUAAAGAAUAUAACUUCCUGGAAAGAGAUGAAACCAGGUUUUUAUCAUGGACAUGUUUCUUAUUUGGAUUUUGCAAAAUUUGGUGUGAAGAAGAAGCCAAUUUACAUUAAUGUCAUAAGGGAUCCUAUUGAGAGACUGGUUUCCUACUAUUACUUUCUGAGAUUUGGAGAUGAUUAUAGACCAGGGUUAAGGAGACGAAAACAAGGAGACAAAAAGACCUUUGAUGAAUGUGUAGCCGAGGGCGGCUCCGACUGUGCUCCUGAGAAGCUCUGGCUUCAAAUUCCAUUCUUCUGUGGCCACAGCUCCGAAUGCUGGAAUGUGGGAAGCAGGUGGGCUAUGGAUCAAGCCAAGUAUAACCUAGUUAAUGAAUACUUUCUGGUGGGAGUUACUGAAGAGCUUGAAGAUUUCAUCAUGUUACUGGAGGCCGCUUUACCCCGGUUUUUUAGGGGUGCUACAGAACUCUACCGUACAGUAGGAAAGAAAUCUCAUCUUAGGAAAACCACAGAGAAGAAACUUCCCACUAAGCAAACCAUCGCAAAACUACAGCAGUCUGACAUUUGGAAAAUGGAGAAUGAGUUCUAUGAGUUUGCACUGGAGCAGUUCCAGUUCAUCAGAGCCCAUGCUGUUCGAGAAAAAGAUGGAGACCUCUACAUCCUCGCACAAAACUUUUUCUAUGAAAAGAUUUACCCUAAGUCGAACUGAGUCCGAGGUGUGACUAUUAGAUUCCUGAACAAAAACUUUGACGCUGACUUCACCUUCAUUCUCAGCUCUGCAACCUGGAUUGCUGAUCGUGUAUAAGAUGGUUUGUGUCGAGCUGAGUUAGAAACGGUCAUGUCGAGGAAUUAGAUGCUGGCUGCUCUGUGUUGUAAAGGGUUUAAGUUUCAAGCAUUUUUCUUUUUUCAGGUUAGAUUUUGGUGAGAAUUAUUAUCCCCACUUGCCUAAGGGAAAACAAGCUUACAUCACCUAAAAUAAACACAUGGCAAGUCUAAUCAAAAAGCUAAAUGCAAUUUAGAAAAGGGUCUGAUAGUCUAGUUUUUGAUAAAGCAUUUUUUCAACUAACCAUGAAUGAAGAUGAAUCCAUUUGCCACUUCCGCCUUCCCCAGGGGUUUAGGUUAGAAAUAGCGGUGGUAACUUGGGCAGCGUGUGCUUUGUUUCUGUGAAUCACAUCUCAUGAAAUUUAUCCAGCUGUUUGUAUUUGCUAAGAAAUGUGACUGCUAUAGUUGGAGUUACCCAUUUUUAUGUAGGUGGUUUUAAAUUUUUUAAAUAAUCAUUAAUGUUAAAUACCAGUUUAAACCAUGAAUAAUGCUAUAAGAAGAUAAAGAAUCAAGGCAGUAUUGCUCAUUCCUGUCUCCCCAGUAUUUAUUAUUGGGAAUACACUUCAAAGAAGGUUGGCAUUGUCAGAAGUUUUAGCUAAGACUUAGAUGCAUUAAUAUAAAAAAGUCAGUUUAGUAUUUGUUCCUCCAGGGGUUGUUUGUCAAGAUGUAAACUGAGCUAUCGGCAACUUUAAGACUCCAGUGGUGAGCUGUGGUGUGGGUUGGGUUUUCUUACUUCUGUACUUUUACCUGUAGACUAUUUUUACUAAGGUGCUUUAUAAUGUGUUUUAAAGCAUUGCAUUUACAAAAGAAAAAAAAAAGGAAAAUGCUGUACAUAGUGCAUAUUUUAUGUAUUUGGACCAAAAAGUUAUAAGUAACUAGACAAAAGUGGUUUUGCACCAGUUUUAUUAUGUCAAGUAAAACCAUCAGACCUACUGUUCUUGUAUUUCUCAUUUAACUGUACUGUUAAGACAUCACUGACAUGAAUUUCAAUGACCCUUCAAUUUUGAUACACAAUGCAUUAUUCAUAUCUGGAGGUGGUAGUUGCGAUGGAAAGAGUACUGGACGGAGUCAUAAAACCUGAUUUCUGGUCUUGGCUCCGCCACUUACCAGCUGUUGUGACUGUGGGCAAGUCACUUAACCUCUCAUUGCCUCGACUUCCUGGUCUUGAAAUGAGGCUGAUGAGACCUGCUGUACCUACCUCACAGGGCUGUUGUGAGGCUGAGAUGAGAGGGCACGUGAAGCACUUUGGAGCUGCAAAGCAGUGAAAAGUAUAAGGUAUUAACUGUAGAAACAUCUUUAACACGUGGUUUCAGACCAUUCUUUUUUUUUUUUUU